ACCAAUUUCCCUUCUUGGCGUUCACAUCGAGAGCGAAAGCAGCAACAAGUAAACCCAGCCACAGGAUCAGAUCAGAAGUUCUACCCUUAAAACCCACAGUUAUUUCACACUUCAAGGCAAGGUCAAAUCCAAAAAGUUCGCGAAAUUAUCAGAUCGACAAGGCACCUGGCGCCAGAAUUCUCUAAUUUACCGACGCCAAUUGAAUUGCCGGCGAUUCCCAAUCUCAUCCAGUAUCAAAGUAUCUUCCAGAAGCGCUUCAAAAUGAUGAAAUUCGUGCAGAUAUUAUUGUGCUACGGCCUGCUCCUGACCCUGCUCUUUGCCCUCAGCGAGGCUCGUCCCUCGGCAGGCGAAACAGGACCGGAUUCGGAGGGACUUGAUGGUCAGGAGGUCGAGGAAGUGCGAGGAGCCUAUGGAGGAGGUUACGAGAUGCCAGCCCAGGCCAUCUAUCCCAACAUUCCAAUGGACCGGCUGCAGAUGCUCUUUGCUCAGUACAGACCCACCAGUUACAGCGCCUAUUUGAGGAGUCCCACCUAUGGCAAUGUGAACGAACUCUAUCGGCUGCCCGAGAGCAAACGUCAAGUUAGAUACAGGCAGUGCUACUUCAACCCCAUCUCCUGCUUUAGGAAGUAAGUUCCCAGCGAACAGGAAGACAUACCCACAACCCACAUUUCUUGGAUAGAUUAACAAUUCAAGCAUUUCAACAAACCAAAAAUAAGCCAAAUAUAAUGUUUAGCAUAAUGGAGUACCAACAAUUUAACGCAAAUAUUUAGUGCAAUUAAACUAAAGCUAAGACUCAAAAAUAUAUCCAUAUAUAUACAGAAAUCUAUAUAUAUAACUUAACCUAUUUAAAUGUCUAAAAAUGAAUGAAAAAAUGUUCCAUUGUAGUUACCAAAAAAAUAAAUUAUGUACCUAUUUAUUUGAAUAUUAGCACAAAAGUUACAAAUUAUUACAUUUCGUUUCUUGAUUUACGCUUUGCAUAUGGUGUGGUAAAAUAAAAUACAAUGCUUCCUUUAGCUAUUCGUCUAUUGAGUACACAUUCGAAAUAAAUAUGUGCUUUUGUAAAUUUAAGUGUCCCAGCUCUUGUAUAAUAAAAAGAAAUUAUCAAAUGGCAAACUGAAGAUUGUGAACUUGGAGUCAUUUAAUACCUACACAGAACUAUACAUGUAAAAUAAAUCUCUAAAAUAAAGUUAUAAAUAUAUACGUAUAAAAUAAAUG